CCGCCAUCAAACUUGUGAUUCACAGAUACGUGAUUGGUGUUUUACUGUUAGCAGAUUGUUAGUGGUGACGUAAUAUCCGCUUUGAUGGCGGCAGAAAAAUUGCAAGCUUCCUUAAAAAUUGCAUGAUAUUCUACAAAAAGAAAGAGUAAUAGAAGCUAUAAAUCAUUAGGAUAAGCCGCCGUUUCUUUUCUCCUUGCGAAGCAACGUGCAGUUAGCAGCGUGAAAACUGCAAGUAGAUACGACUACUAAAAAGAAACUUUUGGUAUUGUGACCACUUUCUAGUUUCCACGCUUCAGUUUAUGUUUAAUAACCGUAAAAGAUCGUACCUUCCAGAAUUUCCUAUGCGCGAUUUAGCAAAGUUUUCAUACAAACAUCGAAUUUCGUGUUACUUAACUAGGUUACGAUCGAAAUGCUAGAUCGACUGUAAUCUUCCGUUUUUCGCAAUAGGCUCCAAAGGUAUUUGUAGCAAAAGUUUGGGCGUUACUUGGUGCAGCCAAUUCCAAUCAUGUAGGGCUGAGCUAUUCUUGUUCAUGAAUCGAGGUAUCGCGAGUGGCACGAAACGAUGUAAUCUGUCCUAUAAAUGGUAUUAGGCUACUGUUUGCGGACGAUGAGGGCCAAUAUGUUGACAUUGAUAAUAAUGCAACCAUUCCCCUCGCGCAUGUUUUACUACACACAAGCCUAACGCGCGAGUACGUUCAACUGAAUCGCCUUACCACGCAUCCUCCGGUGCGCACUCAGGGAUUUUGCAACGACCAUCGCGUAUACUACUCCUGUAAAAAUACUUGGGAGGUACCGUGUGAUCGAAGUCUUGCGGGAACGCUCAAUCAGCAAACACCUACCGUUGCCGAUGGAGUCAGAAGCAGAUCGGGCUUCUUAUUUAUCUGAUGCCGUUAUUCGUGGACACUAUCGCCAAGUCAAAUUUUACUUGGACGCUGGCUAUGACCAAGAUUAUAUCGAUCAUUAUCGCGAAGGAAGCACCCCCCUGAUACUGGCGGUUACCCAGUUAAAGGACGACGAAUCGAUAAGAAACCGCUUAAUUGUUCUUUUACUACAUGCCGGAGCUGAUCCCAACAUCGGUGAUAGGUACGGCAUGACACCGCUGAUGCACUCUAUUCUACGUCGUCAAACAAGCUCCAUCCGUCUUCUACUGGAAUCGAAACGACUAGAUCACGGCACGGAGGACUUAGAUGGAAACAGCGCAUUAAUGCAUGCCGCCUCUCUUGGUUUAACGGAGAUAGUGACAAUCAUCCUCGACCGAUUAAGCGCAGUCCACCGGAUGAUAUAUCUUGGACAGAAAAACCGGAAUGGGCUUACAGCUGGAAAUCUGGCUGAAGGAUCUGAAAAGAAGGAAUUAGCCGAUUUACUGAGCUGGAAGAACCAAUAUUUCUUGCCCAGGAACUUUGAAGGAUUUGCUUAUCCACGUCAGCUUGAUCAAGAAAAACAUACUUCAGCGACCAAUAGGAGUGAUGGGCUGCGAGCAUUUAAAGGUGAUAAUCAAACUCUAUAUACCCCCGAAAUACAAAGGCGCCAUUGGCGGAAGUGUGCAAAGCUAAAUGAUGGCAACUGCUCAGAUCAAACUGAUAGCAAUCAACAGUAAAGC